CCACUACAUGGUGAGUGACUUGUGAUUGAUCAGGUACGCCGUCAUUUUUAAGAUGGGCGUCCUUUUUAAUGACGAGCCACUAUAUGGUGAGUGACUUGCGAUAGAUGACGAGGCCUAAUAUUUGACUGUCCUUUCUUUUUUAGCAAGCUAAGGACGCGGCUAGGGCGUCAGGGAAGAAGAAGGGGACGACUCUGUCCCAGCUGAAGAAGAGAGCUGUGCCGGCUGGCUCGGAGACUCCGAGUACCUUCAAGAAGCCAAAACCCCUACCUCGCCGUCUCGUGAAGAAAGACGAGUCGAAGGUUGCUGAGGGGGGAUGCCCUGAUGACGAAGAGAUGGGCGUGGACAAGCCGUCUCUGGUGGUGGACUUGGUGUCCAAAUCGAGGUCCGGUGAGCAUCCGGACGAGCUGGAGGACCCUCUUUCGGGAAUCCCGGCCGACGUCCGCUCUCAGAUACCGGCGGAGGUGGCCCGCCGAGCUAGGUCUUCGGGCGGUAAGUAUUAUUCGAACGUCGUUCAGACGUAUCGAGCCUCCUCUGGCAGUUCUUCUUACUCUCCGCGUCAUCCUAAGGCCGUUGUUUUUCCUAUAGCCAAAGACAAAGGGAAGGAUGCAGCUGCUGCCGAGGACGAGAACGUACCUGCUACUCCCCACUAUUCGUCAAAGGAUAGGGUGGCUAUAUGCCGCAAGGUUUUUAAGGCCGUCCCCGCAGAGUAUGUUGCUUCUCUUCCUGGCCGCAAGACUGACGCCCAGUUUGGUGCGAUCCAGGCCACUCUUCUCGACUUGUUCUGCCGCAUGGAAUUCUGCAAGAGUUGGAAGACCCGCACUCGGGUUGAGAAGGUCCUGUGCAUGAUACUCGUGUGUUUCUUAAUGCUAUUCAAUCUCCAGCAUUUAAGUUUCCUAAAGCACCAUAAGGUAAGUAUUAUUUGGCUGAUAAAGGGUAUCCAGAUCGAAAAGGUUAUCUCGUACCGUAUCCGAAGACACGUGUUAAAAGAGUAUCCUAAUUUCAUACCUUCAUUUGAGCUACCUGAUGUUCGUGUUACUUCACAUGGUGGAAAUGGAGAGGAGAGUUGGACUGAAUUGAAGGUUAUUCAUGACCGUAUAGCUGAUGCUUUAUGGAAAUUGAGGAAUGAAAGACGACGCAUUUAG